UGCAGGUGACUCGCUCCAUCACACCCCAACGUCUCCUUCUCCUCCACUCCGCUGAGCUUUCUCUCCAGGGUAGAAGAAGAAGAAGAAGAAGAGGAAGAAGAAGAGGAAGAAGAAGAUGCCCCUCCAGUCCACGCUGUCCGGCCGGAGCUCCAACUCCAGCCAGGCCGUGAACACCCAGGCGGACGGGAAGUCCUUUGAGCAGCUGAGGCAGGAAUGUCUGCAGAAGGGCGUCCUGUUCGAGGACCCGGACUUCCCAGCCGUCGGCGCCUCGCUCUUCUACAGCCAGACCGUCCCCGUCAACAUCGAGUGGAAGAGGCCCAAGGAGAUCUGCAGCAACCCGCAGUUCAUCGUGGGUGAUGCCAACCGGACGGACAUCUGCCAGGGACAGCUGGGGGACUGCUGGCUCCUGGCGGCCAUCGCCUCCCUGACUCUGAAGAAGGACACGCUGGCCCGGGUCGUCCCCCACGACCAGGACUUCGACCGCAGAUACGCCGGCAUCUUUCACUUCCAGUUCUGGCAGCACAACCAGUGGCUGGACGUGGUGGUGGACGACCGGCUGCCCGCGGUGAGAAACCAGCUCAUCCUCGUCCACUCCGCCUCCAACAACGAGUUCUGGAGCGCCCUGCUGGAGAAGGCCUACGCCAAACUUCACGGCAGCUACGAGUCCCUGAAGGGCGGCAGCACCAUGGAGGCCAUGGAGGACUUCACCGGCGGCGUGGGGGAGAUGUACGAAACCAAGAGCGCUCCCAACGACCUGUUCGUCAUCAUGAAGAAGGCCCUGGACCGAGGCUCCAUGAUGGGCUGCUCCAUCGAUAUCAGCAGCUCGGCCGAGUCCGAGGCCAAGACGACCACCGGCCUGGUGAAGGGACACGCCUACUCCAUCACAGGCGUGGAGGAGGUGAGUUACAGAGGACAGAAGGUCCAGCUGAUCCGGAUCAGGAACCCCUGGGGUCAGGUGGAGUGGAACGGCCCGUGGAGCGACAACUCCAGGGAGUGGAACUAUGUGGACAAAGCAGAGAAAGACCGGAUCCUGCAGAACUCAGAAGAGGACGGGGAGUUCUGGAUGGAGUUCGAGGACUUCAAGAGGAACUACGACAAGGUGGAGAUCUGCAACAUGACCCCGGACUCGCUGACCGACGACUCCAAGCGCCACUGGGAGGUCAGCAUGUUCCAGGGGAACUGGAUCCGCGGCUCCACCGCUGGAGGCUGCAGGAACUUCAUCGACACGUUCUGGACCAACCCGCAGUACAAGCUGGAGCUGGAGGACGCGGACGAUGAGGACGACCAGUGCAGCGUGGUCAUCGCCCUGAUGCAGAAGAACAGAAGGAAGAUGAGGAAGGAGGGUCUGGACAUGGAGACCAUCGGCUUCGCUGUGUACGAGGCGUCCAAAGACGAGGACCAGCAGGGGAAGGACUUCUUCCGCUACAACGCGUCCAAGGCCCGCAGCCGGACCUACGUCAACAUGCGGGAGGUGUCGGAGCGCUUCACGCUGCCCCCGGGGAAGUACCUGCUGGUGCCCACCACCUUCCAGCCGCACCACGAGGCCGACUUCCUCAUCCGCAUCUUCUCUGAGAAGAAGGCUGCAGCGCUGGAGAUGGGGAGCAACGUGGACGCCGACCUGCCAGAUCCGCCCAUGCCCAGCGAUCCGGAGGAUGAGUCCGAUGAGGAGAAAGGCCUGAGGAGGCUGUUCGAGCAGCUGGCCGGUGACGACGAGGCGAUCUCUGUGAACGAGCUGCAGCAGAUGCUCAACGGGGUUCUCAGCAGACGAAAAGAGAUUAAAUUCGACGGCCUGAGUCUCAGCACCUGCCACAGCAUCAUCAACCUGAUGGACGUGGACAACACCGGCAAACUGGAGUUCCAGGAGUUUAAGGUCUUCUGGGAGAAGAUGAAGAAAUGGAUUAUGCUCUUCCUGUCGUUCGACACCGACCGCUCGGGGAAGAUGUCGUCGUACGAGCUGCGCAUCGCGCUCAAAGCUGCAGGUAUGCAGCUGAACAACAAGCUCCUGCAGCUGAUUGGCUUGAGGUUUGCUGACGACAAGUUCGACAUCGACUUCGACGACUACCUCACCUGCAUCGUGCGCCUGGAGAACAUGUUCAGAGUCUUCCAGGCUGUGGACAAAUUCCAGAAGGGGCGUGUGAAGAUGAACAUGAUGCAGUUCCUGAUGUUGUCCAUGAACGUCUGAGGAGAAGCUGGGACCGAACACGAGCCACCAGAAGAACAAACCAUUGUAGAUGCCAUUAAAUGUCAAUCUGGGCUCAUAGGGUCGGAUGCUGUGUGAGCUAGAUGUUUGGAAAUAGGUUAUUUUUUUUUGGGGGGGGGGGGGGGGUGUUGCUGACUUGUGCUUUUGGAAAAUAUUUGUUUUAUUCUGCUCU